AGUAGUGUUUAGUGUUUCCAGUAACAAGAUGGAGUGGAAGUAGAAUUUCUAGGGUUUGAAAGAUUCUGGUAGAGUUUCUUUGCUACUUCGUUCUUCCAAUCAAUCUCAGUUGCAAUUCUAUGAAAUCAAUGGAAAAUAAAAGACAGAAGCAAAUUAUAACUCAACCAGAAACACAGAUGAUUUCAAAGAAGAAGAAAGUCGGAAAUGGUGGUGAUUCCGAAGAAAUCAGUAAUUCCAUAUCUCUUCCUCAUGAUCUUGUCAUAAAUGAUAUACUAACGAGAGUACCUGUUGAUAGUUUGAUGCGAUUCAAUUGUGUAUGCAAAUUAUGGCUUAAUUUAAUCUCCAAUGAUGCUAAAUUUAUGAAUAUGCAUGCUCGUAAAAGUGGUACUCAUGGGUUUGGGCUUAUGUAUCUUUCAUCAAGUUAUACUGAUGAUGAUAGUAGAGUAGGUAGAAAAAUUCAUGAAUUUAAUGGUGUUAUCAAAUCUAAUGGUAUUGUUUUCUGUAAUAUUGAUAAGAAAGAAAACAAGGUUAUCCAUUUUAAACCAGAAACUGGUUUCGUAAACAGGAAACUAGUAAUUCGACAUUCGCUUAAUGGUUUAGUUCUUUUAUCCCGCCAAGAAGAUACUUUUGGUUUCACUAUUCAUGUUUUUAACCCAAUUACUGGUUAUUCAGUUCAACUUCCUGAUCUUAUUGGUUUUUCAAAUGGUAUCAUUGGUAAAAGAUAUCACCUAGCUUAUGAUGCAGCCACCGAAAAGUAUAAAGUUGUUUGCUUUUAUAAAAGGAAGAGAGGGUUUAUUUUCAAGAUUGUUACUGUAGAUGUUAAAAGUGAUUCAUGGAGGAAUGUCGUUGAUCUGUCGUCUCCUUGUUUACUGGAUGAUUAUGAGGCGGUGUUUGCUAAUGGAUCUUUAAAUUGGUUGACUCAUGAUAGAUAUGAUAUGGGUGGUUGUAAAGCUGAUCAGGGUAAAACUCUUAGUCUCGAUGUUAGCGAAGAAAAGUUUUAUAAGAUAGAUUACCCGAAAGGAGUUCCAGAUAAAUCUCACCUAUUGGAGAUGGGAGGAUCACUUUGUUUUCUUGCCUAUGUGCGACCGGGAAAAUAAAAUUAUGGGUUUUGAAGGAGAAUGAGGAGAAGCAGAGAAAACGAGAUCAACGUAAUGAAUGGUUAGAGUGUAAUGUUGAUAUAUUGCAGAAUAAUGAUGUAUCGAAACUCUUCCAUAAUUUGGACAACUUUCAUUGUGUUGCAGUUGUUAAAAACCCUGAGCUUAAAAUCAUAUUUUGGACUACCAAUCGGCGCAUACUUGAUAAGCCAGACGAGAGGGGAUUUAGUAGGUUUUACACCACCGAGUUCUACAGUUAUGAUGUUGAUUUGAAAACUUUUGCUCUCAUCUCUAAGCAUACAGGGAUAUUUGUCAAAUGGGAUCUCAACUCCCUUGUCCACUUCAAUCAACCUUUGCUGGUUAGUUCGGUGGAGCCAGAACAACUAAAGUGAAAGAAACAAGCAGUAUGCAGGAGGAACCUCCAGGCUUGUUAUGCAGUGGACUAGCUGCGCUUAAGAGGUUAAUUUGUAAGUGACUGUAAGGAACUUGACAUUAAAGUGAAAGAAACAAGCAGUAUGCAGGCUUGUUAUGCAGUGGAUUAGCUGCGCAUUAGGAGGUUAAUUUUGUAAGUGACUGCAAGGAACUUGACAGUGCAGUAACUCUUUCUUCCUACACUCAUGUUGAAAUAUAGAAUUUUGGCCUUCCAAGUAUGUAAGAGGAUCUUAUAGUCGGAAGACGGAUCUACUAACCAAGGAAUCUUUGCGUAGGAAUCUAAACAAAACUUGGCAUUAGAAAGCUUUUAUCUUCUUGCUUGAAAAUUCUGAAGAUCGGGAGAAAUAAUAUAGUAUGUGUAAUUGGUUGUAAUACUCUUUAGUUAACUUUUUGGUUUCUUGGCUUUGACCGGAAAAAAUAUAGUAUGUGUAAUUGCUUACAGGUUCCAUCGGUUGAUUUCAUUUUGUUCCUCAUCAGAUUUGUUAGGUUCUUAUGUCUUUAUUGAGAAAGCUAAACUUUGCCAGGAUACUUCAUUUCUAUAAUAUUUGUGAUUUUAAG